AUGGGUCCAACGGAGUCUGUUAGCUUGGGCUCCUUGCCAUGCUUGACUCAAACUACAAAUCUGAACCUUCCUCCUGAAGACCUUGAUUCAUCUGGUGAUGAUGACGAUGCAUUCUCAGGUUCAGGUGCAGGUCCCCUGACUGACCCGUCUCACACCUGGAGAAUCCCAGGAGAACCAGCUAAUUCCUCAUUACUGGCAACACCAAUGGAUUUCAACGAACAGCUGUUUCGCGGGACUGAGAGCCGAACUGAAAAGGAAGUAAUAUCUCCUUCUGCAACCAGUAAUGUAGUGACAGAGGAGCCAGUGGUAGCUGUGAAGGACGAAGUGUCCAUCCUGGGCUCACCUGAUGAGAAACCAACAAACGAUGCAGUUAUAACAACAGUGAGAAGCCCCACUACUCGCUUGCCUUCAGUGGUUCAUGUAACUCCUUCAGAAGCCUCAGGCACGGUCCACGAGCUCAAACCUAAAAUCCCUAGCUCUGAGAUGCCAGACGCUAAAGACGUGCCUGAGCCCCACUCUACCAUGCAUCCUGAGGGAGACAUCACUGCCACCCCCACGACGACAGCUCCCAAGGACGUUGUUCCUACGCAUGAGGAGGUUUCUGAGGAUGGCUCCGGAGACCCGGGAGACUUCAUCUUGACUAAAGAUGAGGAUUUGGUCCCCACCCAGAACUCAGAAGUGCCAGCUGACUCUGGGAGGAAUGCCAAAGCAGCAGGAGCCUCAGGAAUUAUGGACAGAAAAGAAGUUCUUGGAGGUGUUAUUGCUGGAGGACUAGUAGGCUUGGUGUUUGCAGUGUUUCUAGUUGCAUUUAUGCUGUACAGAAUGAAGAAAAAAGACGAAGGCAGCUAUUCACUGGAUGAACCAAAACAGUCUAAUGGAGGAUACCAAAAACCACACAAACAAGAAGAAUUCUAUGCAUAAACACUGAUCUUCAGGACACUUCUUAUUCCAUCUUUCUUGGACUCUUCUCUCCCUGCACGUGGACCUCCUAGUGUGCUUUGCAUUAAACUUAAGCCAUAUGAUCAUUGGGUUAUUUGCCCUUACCACUUUGCCAUUGGAAAUUUUAUAACUACAAAGUAGAUCUGGAUUCAUUGAAGAUUCCCUGCUUUCUUGCACAACUUCUUAAUUUUAUUUUACUUUUUUUUGAACAGAAGUGGGACUGCAAGUUCCUAAACUCACUUUGGUUUACCUAAAGACUGCUGGGGCAGGCGGUGGGGAGAAGAUAAGGGAGCACUGUAUGUAUAAACCUCUUGAUAUUUAGGGAAAGGGCUAGCAAGAAUAAACAAUUAUCAGUGCUCAAAUUCUAUAUAGCAGGGAUCCUUCCUAUUUAACUCAUGUAUGUGUUUUAAGUGUAACAAAUUGCUGCGCUGGGCAGACGUUUGGUACACUGCAAUCCUCUAGCUCUUUCUACCUGCCAUAUUUGGAGCACUUAAUGCCUAUGAAACAUCAGGAUGAACAUGAUUUCUAGGGAAAGGAGGUGUGAGGGGCAGGGUAAGCAAAUGACUGUCACGUGGUUUAAAAUAACUUAUAUUUUGGAAGCAUUAUCCCAUAGUCGGAACCAGCUCCUAAGCAGUUGGUGCAUACAGUAAUACAAAACAAAUCCCAA